GAAGUGUGAGUUGGUGUUUAUGAGAAGCUUUAUGACUCCUGAUAAGCUCAUCUUUGAGGACGACACAGAACUGUGUUCCUUGAGGAAUUGGGGUGGUGACGUCUUUUCUGAUACCCGAUUAUUACGUGACUGAGGAAAAAAAAAAAAAAGGCAUUUGAUUCAUGAAUAAAAAUCCGGACACCACUACGGGGGCAACAAACAAUAUUGCCCGUCCUCUAAGGUAACAAGCAGGCAAAUGUUUACGAAGAGGGCUCUUGCUGAAGCGGGGUGUUUGCAAAGAUUUUCUUGCUAAUUGCGUAUCAGACGGAAGGCUGCGGAAGGCUGGUCAAGUUUGGAGCCACCGAGCAGGAGAAGAAGAGAAGGCUGAAGGCGCUCAGUGAGGGGAGAGAUCUGGGGAAGACAACAUCGCACGCAGCCAGCCCGCGGCUCCCGCCUCCGCUCCCGCCCGGACUCGCUCGCUCUCUUCCCUCUUUCCCAGCGCUCGGUUCUCCGGCGACAUCUCGCUCCAUCCCUCUUUCUCAAUUCCCUUGUAGACUCCACUCCAGAUCUGUGCUGCUGCCUGCAAACUUUUUUCCUUUAUCUUUUUUUUUUCCCCUUCCUGUCUCUCUUUUUCUUUUUGGAGUGGAUAGCCCUAAAACCAGCAAACAACUAACUGCUGCCGCUUCUGCAUCUUCUGCAUCCUGCCGGUCCUUCGCCCAUAGGAGAGGCGAUGUCACGAGGGUUUUAACUCCUUUUGGACGCAACUUGGGAGAGAGCUCGAUUUCUCUCCCCCUCCCCAUUUUGGGUCUUUAUUUUUUCCCCCCCAAGACCUGCCGUUUUAGUUUCGCAGUCAAACGCUCUCAGUGCCGGUUGUCUAGAGUUUAAUGAGUGGCAAUGUGUAGCAAAGCGAUCUUAGCACUCCUGGUCUAUGGCAUAAUAAUGCACUGCAGCGUCUACUGCUCACCUGCAGCCGGACUUCAGUACCCGGCGCUCAGGCUGGAGGAUGAAGUCUACGACGAGGACGGGAACACCCUGCAGGACUUCGCCUACGACCAAGAGCCCCUCGGUAUAGCGAAUCCGUCCUCCAUGAUCGGCGAGAUGUACACCUUGUAUUACCCACCGGAAAAGAGGCACGCCGAUGGGAUCUUCAACAAAGCCUACAGGAAACUCCUGGGCCAGUUAUCUGCCAGGAAAUAUCUGCACUCACUGAUGGCCAAGCGGGUCGGCGGUGCCAGCGGCGGCCUGGGGGACGAUGCGGAACCGCUGACCAAGCGGCACAUAGACGGCAUCUUCACGGACAGCUACAGCCGCUACCGGAAACAAAUGGCUGUCAAGAAAUACUUAGCAGCCGUCCUGGGGAAAAGGUAUAAACAAAGAAUUAAAAACAAAGGACGCCGAGUAGCGUAUUUGUAGCGAUGUGAGUAACCAGCCACUCCUGUGUAUACAAAGUCCUAAGAGAGAGAGAGAGAGAGAGAGAGAGAGAGAGAGAGAGAGAUAAACCCAACAACAACAACAACAAAAUCUAAACAAAAACAAAAGUCAUUUCCAAACUGACUGAACAAUCACCGCUCCUGUGUUAUCUAAACAUGUAUUUAUGUAUGAAGUAAAGCCAUUAAAUGAAUAUUUUGAUAA